AUGCAAUUCUCAACAUUAUUUACAAUCGCUGCUACUUUAGUAUCAUCAUCAUUAGCUACUACUUCAUUUGAAUGGGAAACUGUUUAUGAAAGUUAUACAACUGAAUUAACUAUUACUUCAUGUUCAGAUAAUAAAUGUGAAACUACUGUUAAUAAAGUUAUUCCAUCAAUUGCUUCAACCACUGUUGAAGGUGUUUUAACUGUUUAUACAACUUAUUGUCCAUUAACUGAAUCAUCUUCAGAUGUUAUUGCUCCAACUCCUUCUUCAAUUGCUGGUGUUGCUUCUACUUUAUCAACUGUUGUUACUACUAUUCAUGGUGUUGAAACUGUUUAUACUACUUAUUGUCCAUUAACUGAUUCACAAGUUGUUGCUGAUGUUUCAACUCCAAUUGCUCCAAUUGUUUCAUCAUCAUCAUUAGCUGCAGUAGCUUCCUCAACUCCAGUUGCUACAGCUCCAGCUGCUCCAGUUGUCUCAUCAUCAUCAAUUGCUGCAGUCCCAGUAUCACCAUCAUCAUCAUCAGAAUCAGAUAUUUAUGUUGAUUUCACAAUAACUCCAACUGUUUCAACAACCGAAAAUGUAUUAGCUACAGAAACUGCUCAAUCUACUUUAUUUACAUCAUCAUUAGCUGCUUCAAAUAGUUCAUUAGCUGAUGUUUCUACAUUUGAAGGUUCAGGUUCUAAAUUAGUUGUUGGUGGUUUUGCUGCUGUUGCUGGUAUUGCAGUGGCUUUAAUAUAA